CUUCUCUCUAUAAAUCCCACACAUUAACCUACCCAAGACUUCUUUUCCAACCCUGAAUCAGAUCAAAAAUGUCCCUCCCACAACCCCUCCCCCGAGUCCUAGCCACGGAAGAAAUCCUCCCAACAAUGAAGCGCGUAAUAAACGAAUACAACACCGUCCGCGCCCGGAUCCUCCAAAGCACCACCGCCGCAACCUUCUGCACCGUUAUGCGCCCCCAAGCCGAAGUUUAAAACACCGUCCAAGGUGAACUGGCCGUGAUCGACAUGCUCCAGUAUGGAUCUCCAUCCCUCGAGACACAGGACGCCUUCAACGAGGCCCGAAAGCUAUACCUUGCCGCCACGGCAUCAUGGACAGUAGAUGAGUCAUUUUCAGACUCCUCCAAGCGGCGAAGGAGAAGGAGGAGUUUCAGACGCUGAACGCAGAAUCGCAGCACUUGCUGGAUAGGGAGCUUUUGGGGUAUAAGCACGCGGGGCAUGGGAUUCUGGCCCGUGCUGAGUUGGAGGAGUACCUGAGGCGGGGUACGGAGAUUGUGGAGUUAGAGAGGCGGUUCCAGGAGAACCUCGCUAGGGGGAAUCGUGGCGUUUGGUUUACGUUGGAGUUGGAUGGGGUGCCGAGGGAUGAGUUGGUGAAGUGGAUGGCCCGAAGUUCAGAGGGAGGACAGUUAACUGCUGAUGAACAGCAUAAGCAAGAGAAGGUAUCCGUGCCCUUUGCUAAUGGGGGUACGCUGGCCGUGUUGACGAAUGCGCACCGCCCGGAAACUCGCAAGAGGAUGUUCCUAGCGGAUAAUCUGAAUUUGAAGGCGAACAAGCCGCUAUUGGAAGAGAUCGUCAAGCGCCGUGCUAAGCAGGCUCAAUUCCUGAAAUAUUCGACUCAUGCGGAUUUUAGAAUUGAGAGGCGCAUGGCCAAGAGCACGAAAUGGGUGAGGGGCUUUUUGGAUCAACUGCGGCAGCCGCUUUGCUCUCGUGGUCGAGAGGAGACUGCUGUAUUGCAGCGUCGACGGCUGCAGGACCUGCAAUCAAGAGGCCAGGAUGAUGUUCAGCGUGUCGAGGAGGGAUUUGCCCCGUGGGAUAAACGAUACAUCGAGUAA